AUGUCCGCUAUCCAGAACCUCCACCCUUGCGACCCCUUUGCUGAUAAAAGUAAGGGUGAUGACCCGCUUCCUGCUGGCACUGAGGAUUAUAUCCAUAGAAGAAUUCAACAGAGAAAUGGCAGGAAGACCCUUACUACUGUCCAAGGGAUCGCUGAUGAUUUCGAGAAAAAGAAACUAGUGAAGGCGUUUAAGAAGAAAUUUGCCUGCAGUGGUACUGUAAUUGAGCAUCCAGAAUAUGGAGAAGUAAUUCAGCUACAGGGUGACCAGCGCAAGAACAUAUACCAGUUCCUGGAAGAGCUUGGACUGGCUAAGGAGGAUCAGCUGAAGGUUCAUGGGCUUUUAGUGCUUGUGGCUCACUGA